AUGAAGAAGUUCUUCUUGAAAGGUAACACCGAUUACCAGUUAUUCAGCUGUCAAAUAUAUAAUUGGUACAAGUGCAAUUGUGUUUUUGUCGGUGAUUACGAUAAAUACGCUCAACGAGUAUCGGAUUUUUUUGACGAUUUGAUAAAGUGCAAUGCAGUACCAUUAGCUUUGAUCGAUUGUGGUUGCGAGGAUAAGAAACUGCAAACAGUUAUAUCUAGAUCUAGAGAAAAGGAAGUUUUCAAAGAUGUUAGGAGAAAGAAGAAUAUUCGUCAUGUGCAAUGCUUAUUCGAAGCUGAUAAUGCUAUAGCUACCGUAGCAAGGAUAUUGAAUUGUCCUGUAUCGAGUUAUAAUUCAGAUUUUUAUGUGUUUGGGACAUUGCACAUACCGUUUGAUACAUUGGACAAUUACACGGUGAAAAGUUCAACUGGAAAUGGUUACACGAAACGUUGUAAAAUUUAUAAAGUUGAACACUUAUUAAAUUCUUAUAGAGGUUUAAGUCAAUCUACACUGCCAUUAGCUGCAAUAUUACUAGGCAAUGAUUAUGUAAAACGUGGUACAUUUAGAAACCUCUUUCGUUAUUUAAAGAUACGACGAAUAACAAGAAAAAGGUAUAGUAAUCGACAGUAUUGUAUAGAAGCAACUUUACAAUGGUUGAGCGGAUUUUACAUCUUGGACAAAGCAGUCAUUGGAAUACUAUGUAGAUCACCUAAAACCGAAUAUGCAGCUCGUGCCACAACACAUUCCAUAAACAGAAUUUUUUAAUUUGAUGGAGAUGUUAAUAGUCUAAUGUACAUAGAAGAAACUGAUAAAAAUGGAGACUUUGAAUCAUCCGAAGAAGAAGAAGAAGAGGAAGAGAACGAAGUUGAAAUAUUAGACAUGCUUAAAGGGGUCAGAAUCUGCUACCAAUAAUGCACUAGCUAAUGUACCUAAUUUGUUUGUAGAUGAAUUUCUUAUGGGCAA